CAUUUUAGAACCCGGGGACGGGGGAGGUUCUCCUAGCCCGCGGAAGGAAGGCAGGGCGGGACUCUACACCCGGGUUACCCGGGUCCACCUGGUCCCCAUGAACAACCAGGCUCGGGCCCCAGCCCCCUCCUCUGGCCGGAUCUCAACUCUAGUCCGGGCUUCGACCCCGGUCCGAACCUCAGCCCCGGUCCGGACCUCGACGCCGGUGCGGACUUCCACCCCGGUCCGGAUCUCGACUCCGACCCCGGUCCCCACCCGGAUUCCGGUCCAUACACCGAUUGCGGCCCGGACUCCGACUCUGGUCCAGACCCUGCCUCCAGCCCAGACUCAGACUCCGGUCCAGGACUCGACCUUUAUCCGGACUUCGACUCCGGUUCAGAUCACGACCCGACUCCACAAACCGACUCCAGUACGGACCACUACCCCGAUCCGGACCACCAUCCCGGUUCGGACCCUGACUCCGGUCCGGGCCCCAGCCCCAGCCCCAGCCCCAGUCCCCCCCAGCUCCAGCUCCAACCUAAGCCUCAGCCCCAACAACUCCACUCUUAUCCGCAUCCUCAUGCCCAUCCGCAUCCGCAUCCCCAUCCCCAUCCGCACGCUCACCCGCACGCGCACCCGCACCCACACCAACUACCGCACCCGCAUCCACAACCGCACUCGCAGCUGCACGGCCACCGGCUUCUCCGCAGCACCUCCAAUUCUGCCUGAAGGGGGCAGCAAUCGGGCCAGACAAGUUUUCUGUAUAUCCUCCAUCACGAUGCAGGAAACGAUUUCAAGUCAAGAAGACUUUAUUUAUGAACCUUUGAAAGGAUCUUAUAGUACGGUGGACCUCCUAGGAGCAAUGAUACUUUUUCCAUGUGGACUACUAUAUAUAUAUAUAUCCUUCCCGAAUCCGACCUUACCUUUGAAUCCGCCGCCAGAACCUGCUUCCGGGGCAGCUUUGUCUCCUAAGGGUUCUGCGCCAGCGCCGAGUCUGAGGCAUGUCCCGUCUGUCACCAACUUAGAUUCAAUCACCAACUUAGAUUCAGCCAGACCCGUCCGAGAGCCCCUUCCCGCACUCACUCCCCCGGCUACGGAUACCCUGGAGCCCGCGCUUGGGCCCACCCCGGGGGCAGACCUCUCAGCCACCGAGUUGACGGAUUCCCCGAUUCCUGGACCUGUGCCGGCGCCCACUCUGGGGACCAUCCCUUCAACCAUCUCCUUACCGGUCUCUGCCACCACCCUCGCCUCCAAUGAGAAUUUCCAAACGGACAGCAGAAUCUUGAUUCGAGUGGUCUACUGUGGCCUCUGAAGCUAUAGCCUUCGGUACAUCCUCCUGAAAAGCAGUCUGGAGCAGCAAUUUCCAAAUCGUCUGCACUUUGAGGAGGACAGAGCUGCCCAAGCUACGGGGGAGUUUGAAGUGUUUGUGGAAGGAAAACUGGUCCAUUCCAAGAAGAAAGGUGAUGGCUUUGUGGAUGAGGCCAGGCUGCGGAAAAUCGUGAGCAUAAUCAAUGAAGAGAUCAAGAAAAGGUAGCAGGCAGCUGGCAGAGCUGGAGGAGCCUCAGCAAGAUGAUGAGAAGGGCUGAAAUGUUGCCAAAUCAGGUCCUUUUCUGAUGGUGGCUGGGCUGGGGUAGGGUUGAGCAGGGUUAAGAGGGAAAUACAUAGACCUUGCCUUCCUGCGUUCUGGUCUGACUGUG